AUGUGUGACGUCUUCUUAGUUAUAAUUAGCGCCAAAGAGUGCCAAACAGACGUACUUACAAAGGUAGGAACGAUACUGCUGUGUAGUUUCGUUUUUAAUGGAAUUUCACAUCACAGACAUUUCAUAUUUGAUUUCUUCUUCUGCACAAUGUACCCAUGUCCAGAAGAUUUUUUAACAAAGGCGACAUAAAGAAAGGGUCUUUCGAUGACAUUUUUACCCGUAUAGGGGGAAAGCUGUUCUUGAACUCUUCAUGGACGAUGCAAUAAAACUUGUCAAUAGCGAUGUUGAUAUCAUUUUCAGCAAGGACAGGAGACCAAUCAGUAGCCUUUAGUUUCUGUAACAUUAAGCUCUUACGAUGGUUUCGAGCGUGAAUAAAUUCAACGGCAGAUCUCACUGGACGAUGGGGAAAAUGAAUACACUGAAGUGAUCAGAUUUAGUCACACUCUUCGAAGUACACACUUUGCCAAAAAUAUUCGGUGUAUUUGUCAGAAAUACAUCCAAAAUACUGUCAUCCCUUGUCGAAGUCUUGACAAGUUGCGAAAGGCCACUUUGUUGUGUAAGAGAUUUCAAAUCAAGUUUAUUAAUGUCACCAGCAACAAUUAACCUCGCAUUCCGUGAGGUGGCGAGAAUGCUUUCGCAGGAAUUUACUAAGAAUUCAAUAAAAGCAGUUUCACAAUAAUCAAAGGUCGGUGGAUGGUAAACCGAGGCAACAAAAUAAUCUUUAUUGGUCGUAGUACCCAAGGACAGGCCUCAAGCCUUAUGAAGCCAAGUUUAUUGCGAUUAAAGAUACACUUGCCCCUGACUUCCCUGGGCACUUCGCCGAGUCCUUUGUAGGUCAAUUAUCUACACCAAUUCUUAAGCAAAAAUCUCGGCGAGAAGAACGCUACCCUACUCGAACUGCUACGGAGAGACACGCAUUGGAGCUGGGAAGCACUUCAUCAAAAUAUCAUUUGAUCUCCUAAAGUUGGACACCUCCCAACCUCCACUCCUUAAGUUCUUUGAUCCUGUAAAGCCAUUACACUGUCAAUGGAAGCUUCAAAGAAUGGUUUUUGGUGUUGCAUGCCUUUAGGAUGGGUACCCUGUGGCAUGUGCCAGAAGAGCCCUAACAGAAGCUGAAACUCGAUAUGCACGGAUCGUCAAGGAUAUGCAUGCAAGAGAAUUCAUGGUUUCAUCUAUGGUAGGGAAGCAAUCAUUGAAACUGAUCACAAACCUCUUUCUGCAAUCAUAAACAAGCCUCUUCACAAGGCCCGUGCCGAUCUUCGACGAAUGCUCUUCUAGCUACAGAGCUCCGAUUUGCCAAAGUGGAAAAUACCAUAAUAUUCUUUAAGCUAUCGUCAGGGUGGUGUAAACCUGAUUUUUGCGUUAAAGUAAAACCUUUUUUCCCUUGAGGUAUGAGCUGAUCGUGGAUGAUGGUAUCAUUCUGAAAGGCCUGAUAGCUGUGGUACGCGAUCCUUAAGCAAGCAGUAUGUCCAGCAGCUACACAAGGGACAUCCUGGAGCAGAUGCUGCAAUGGAAAGAUCUCGGGAUGUUAUUUAUGGCCCUCUAUGUCAUCGGACAUUGACUCUGCGAUAGCCUCUGUCAGCCGUGCAAUAGUGCCAAACCACACAAGCGAAGAGAACCACUUGUUAUUAAUCCGGUGACAGAUCUCCCUUGGUUAUUUGUGAGUGCAUGCAUAUUGGACUGAAAUGAAUUGCAGUACCUGAGUUUAUCGAAUCUUACUACAGUUGGUUUGAGAUUGAUAUCCUUGGUGGUUCGUCCACCAAAAUUGUAAUUGAGAAGAUGAAGCGUGCAAGUGCUUAAUGACAAUGGUCCACAAUCUUUAAGCAGGGAAUUUAAACGUUUUGCUAAUGAAUGGCUCUUUGAGCACGUAGCAAGCAGUCUGUAUCAUCCAAUAGCCUGGCCGAGAAUACUGUCAAACCUGCUUUGAAAGGGUUCGAAAAACGGUUCUGGUCCCUCAAUUGGCCUCCUUAAUCUACGCAAUGUUCCUAAAGAUCAAACACUAGGUUCUCCUGCCCGGCGACUCAUGUCCAGUCGUUCCAGUUUCACUAUUCCUGCGGCAAAUCAUCUGUUCACUCUUAAGGCAGCCAGUACUUUAAAUGUCUCUUCAGCUUAUGAUAAUCAGCAUGUCAAGCAUCUUGCUGUCUUUAUUCACAACAGCUUGUGAGACUUCAAACUAAGAAAGGUUAUGAGAAAAGUGGCGUUGUUAAGAAACCAGCUGCAGAGCAGGGAUCCUACGUCGUGCAAACUGGAGUAAAGGAGGACCUCAGAAACCGGAAACAUAUUUUAGCUGUUCCAGAACCUGCUCCAGCUCAGUCUCCUGCUGCUGCUCCUUCACCUACUCUCUUAGCUACAGCUCUU